CCAUCGCCCGCUGCGCGAGUAGCUCAAUGCCCAGCCUUAUAAGGUGAAAACAAGCUUUACUUCUUACCUUUGACGACGCGUUCAAACGACCUGGUGUUGUGCCGCUUUCUAAUAAGCUUUCCACUCGUUAGUUCAUGUUGCCAACUUAUCAAAACAAGAUGUGUUAAAUACAGCUCUUCGCGGGGCGAUAUCCGGUCAGCCCCGCGGUCGCGCAUGUCUAGCAAAGUGAGCAAAUGAGCCGGCCAACGAGCAGGCAGUCAGAAAGCCGGCCCCAGACGGUUGAGGCCCAGCCUGGUGCGGGGUCUUUGCAGACGGUCCCGUCACCAGCGCGGCAGGCAUCGAAAAAUGGCAGUCGCCCAGCAACGCGCGAGGCUCCAAACACCGCCAGGGGGGACGGGGAGACCCUGGGCGUCGUACCUUCAUGCCCUGGGAGGCUAACGGAUGCUUACGACGUCCAGAAACCCGUGGGGAAAGGCGGCUAUGCGGUGGUCUACAAGGGCAUCCGCCGGGACGACGGUCGCGUGGUGGCCGUGAAGAAGGUCGAGAUCUUUGAGAUGAGCGCCAAGAAGCGCGAUCGGUGCCUGCAGGAGGUGACGCUGUUGCAGCAGCUGGACCACCCCAAUAUCAUCCAGAUGCUGGACGCCUUCAUCGAUGAGAACAUGCUCAUCAUCAUCUUCGAGUGGGCGCCUGCUGGCGACCUCAAGCGCCUCAUCAAGAAGACAGCGGAGCAGGGCAAAACGCUGGAUGAGCCAAGCAUUUGGACGCUGUUCUACCAGGUCACGGACGGUCUGCGCUACAUGCACCAGCACCGCAUCAUGCACAGAGACAUCAAGCCGGCCAAUGUGCUGGUGGGCGCCAACGGGGCGCUCAAGCUGGGGGACCUGGGGCUGGGCCGACAGCUGAGCGAGCAGACGAUGGAGGCGUUCUCCAAGGUGGGCACGCCCUACUACGUGUCGCCUGAGGUAGUGCGCGGCGCGGGCUACGACUGGAAGAGCGACGUGUGGUCCAUGGGCUGCCUGCUGUACGAGCUGGCCUGCCUGCGCUCGCCCUUUGAGAUGGAGGGCGCCAACCUGUACGACGUGUUCCAGAAGAUCAGCAAGGGCGAGUAUAGCCCGCUGCCGGCCGACCAGUUCAGUGCGCCGCUGCGCUCGCUGGUGGGCCGCAUGCUGCAGAUAGACCCCGCCAAGCGCCCCGAGCUGGAGGAGGUGUGGACCAUCACAUCGGGCGCGGUGCAGUCGCAGGCGCGCACCCGCACCGACGUGCACGGCGCCGCCGCCGAGGUGUACGAUCACGUGGUGCUGCUGUCCUGCGAGGUGACCAACCGCCUGCGGGGCAAGCCGCCACCGCCAUCCACGCCGCCGAACGGCAAGCGGCGAGGCGACGCCGCAGCAGCAGCGGCAGCGGCUGCCGCCGCCGCCGCCGUCUCCAAUGGCUCGCUGGCACCGCCGCCCACGGACACCAUCCGCUCGCUACAUCCGCUCUACUUUAGCGAACCUCUAGUCCCUCAGCUUCGAAGUGACUAUGACGCCUUUCAGAAGCAGCAGCUGGGUGCCUUUCUGGCGGUGUUGGCUUGGCUGCUGCGGCUGAACGGCAAGCCUGACGCCGCGGCCGCGGUGGAGGCCAAUCUGGAGCUGGUGCCGACGGCGCGCGCGCCCACCGUGCGCCUGGCCGCGGCGUCGCGAGCGAACGGAGCCGGCGGCGGCGGCGGGCCGGCGGCUGGGCAGCUGCACCUGUGCACCAACUUGUUGAAGGGGGCGGAGGCGGCCAAGAAGGGUGCUCAGGUGCUGGGCCUCAGCACCGAGUUCGCGCCGGUGAACGCCAUCGCGCUGGGGCACGGCCGCGCCGUGUGUGGGCUGCUGCAGGACGCACUGGCGCUCACGGCGGGCCGCGUGCCGCUGGCGGUGCGGCCGCUGGGGCGGGCGGCGGAGGCGGCGGCGGAGGAGGUGGCGGACGAGGCCGACGGCGUGCUGGAGGGCCCGGCGGAGUCGGUGCUCACGGCGGCGGGGACCGGGGGAGGCGCGGGCGGGUAUGGGAGUGACGGUGACGACGAGGCGGAGUACUCGGGCUCGGCGGCGGACCAGCAGCGUGCCAAUGAGUCGCUGCGGCCGGGCGCCGCCAGCACCAGCGGCGGCGGCGGCGGAGCCGGCGGGGGGAGAGGCGGCGGCAGGGGGAGAGGCGGCAACCCGGCGGCGGUGUCCAUGACGCAGGUGGACCCGAUUGCUUGGCGGCAGGAGUUGGAGCGGCUGGCUCCGCAGCUGGGCCGCAUCAAGAUCAGUGCGGAGGCGGCCGCGGGGGACUGGGCGCAGCGCUGGGCGCAGACCAAGGAGCAGCUGUCCACGCUGGCGGGCGCGGCGCCGGACGUGCGCGCCACGCUGGGCAAGCUGGGCGAGGGCGUGUCGCGCGACCUGGACCGGAUUCAGACCUCGGAGCAGCGGCUGAACGACAACACGCGGGAGAUGCUUGCUGAGUACGCGGCUAUCCGGCGGCGGUUUGACGCACUGGCUCGCGAGCGGCGUACACACGACGAGCUGUUGGAGAUGGGCAGUGCGGCGCUGCACGAAAUCAAUGAGAAGCUGGAAGAGGUGCAGCAGGGCAUACAGGACAAGACGGACGGGCUGGACGGCUCGCGGCAGGUGAAGCUGAUGCACGACGCGAUGCGGAGCAUGCACAAGGAGAUGCGCAAGAUGGAUGUGCGCAUGGGCGUGGUGCGGCACCAGCUGUGGGCCAAGCAGGUGGGACGGACCCUCAAGCUCAGCGCGGCGGCCGGGCGAGGCAGCGACAACGAUGACGACGACGACUGAGUGAUGUAGGUAGCUAGGACUGUGGGACGUGGGGUCGCGCGGCUGCGCGGAAUGUUGACUGCAGAGGUGUUGAUGGUUGCUUGCGUAAUGUGUGAUGUAGGGCGAAGACUUUGCUUGGACCGGACAGCUCGUAUACGGAUAUGACGUUGCGACGUAACAAAUGGGUACGGGGUCUGCGGGCUGCAGUGAUGCUGCCGGCUGAAGAGGUGGCGAAGUUCGGAAGCUUGGGAGUUCCACAGCGGGACUGCGACACUUGUGGCACUGCAUCAGGAGGAGCACGCAGGAGGAGGCAUGCACGUGAUAUUCAUCCUACUUGUAUUUCCGUCCUGGGUGGCGGCUACGAGGUGCAGCUGAGCGAGAGCAACUGACGGGGUGGGCCGUGUGAGCCCUUUGCACGAUGCAAUAAUGAAACAAG